CUAUCAAUAAUUUUAUUUCACAAUUUUAUAUGAGUUGCAUUUUUGUCUUUGUUGUGUAGCUUCGUGGUAGGGCUGGCAGACAAGGUGAUCCUGGUUCAACAAGGUUUAUGGUGAGUUUACAGGAUGAGAUGUUUCAGAAGUUCAAUUUUGAUACGGAGUGGGCUAUAAAGCUCAUAUCAAAGAUAACAGAUAACGAGGACAUACCAAUUGAGGGUCGUGCAGUUGUAAAACAGCUUUUGGACCUUCAAGUAAAUGCAGAGAGAUACUUUUUUGGAAUAAGAAAGAGCCUUGUUGAGUUUGAUGAAGUCUUGGAGGUACAAAGAAAGCAUGUCUAUAAUCUGCGGCAAUUGAUACUGACAGGAGAUUCUGAGAGCUGCCGACAACAAAUUUUCCAGUAUAUGCAAGCAGUUGUUGACGAAAUUGUACUUAGUAAUUCUGAUCCAAAUAAGCAUCCUAGCAAUUGGAACUUGGGAAAGCUUUUUAGGGAAUUUAUUCAGAUCGGUGGAGAAAUUCUGAAUGAAUACUUUGCAGAGAUCAAAGCGGACGAUUUAUUAUCAUCGCUUGAACAUGUUUAUGGUGUGAACUCUAUAGAGGUUGAUACUUUCUCCCUGCCCAACUUACCAGUGCCACCAAAUGAUUUCACAGGCAUACGCAAGAAAGUUUCUUCAUUGAGACGUUGGUUUGCCAUUUGUGCUGAUGAUGCAGCAAAGAAAGGAAGGUACCAAGUAACUGCCAAUCUUCUUCGCAAGUAUCUUUCAGACUUUUUGAUUGCUUCGUAUUUAGAACUAGUACAUGAAUCUGGUUUUGACGACACAUAUAUUCAGGAAGUGGAGAGAGAAGUAAUGCUGAAAAGUCUUGAUCGAUUUUGGAGAGACCACUUGAUAAACAUGAACAGGCUUAGUUCAGCGGUGAACGUCAGGAGUUUUGGGCAUAGAAAUCCGCUGGAAGAGUACAAAAUAGACGGGUGUCGUUUUUUUAUCUCAAUGCUCAGUGCAACAAGAAGACAAACUGUUGAAUCCUUGCUGCAAUAUUGGUCAUCGUCGGUGGAAUCUGAAGAGUUUGUUACACCAUAAUAUUGGUUUUGCAUAGGCAUUAAAGAACCGUUUCUCUAUAGUUUGUUCAAGAACAUAAAUUAAUUUUCUGCCGUUUCUGCGUCAUUCUUGUUUUUAUGGUGAUUGAUAUUUAGUCUACUUACUUUAGAUAUGUACUAGAAACCACCCAAUAAUACAAAAUCUUUACCAUUUUCCCUCU